AUGUUAACAUGGAUUGCCAACUUUUUAGAAGAAUAUGGUUGUAACAUAAUACAAGUUGGCUUACCUCAACUACCUAAUCACAUUUACGAAAUAAUACAAAUUCAAGAACAAUUCAAUAAUUAUGAUAUAUUAAUCUCAAAAAAAGAAAAAAUGAUUAAUAAACUUAACGCUGAACAGAAAGAUAUCUACAACAAAAUUAUGUAUCAUAUAUAUAACAACAAACCCCUAAUAGUAUUCAUUAAUAGAUAUGCAGGCCAUGGUAAAACAUUUUUAAUAAAUACAAUAUGUACUAUGGUAAGAAGUUUAAAAAAAAUAAUUCUUCCCUGUGCUACAACCAGUUUAGCUACACUAAACUAUAUUGGAGAUCGUACUGCACAUUCGUUGUUUCGAAUCCUAGUUGAAUACAAUGAUGAUAGAUGCAAAUGUCAAAUAAAUCCAGAAAGUGAACGUGCUGAAUUAAUUCGAGAAUCAUCUGCUAUUACUUGGGAUAAAUUACCAAUAGCUCAAAAGAGUAACAUUGAAGCAGUAGAUAUAUUAAUUCAUAAUCUUUGCAAAUAUAACUUACUAUUCGGAGGAAAAAUUUUUAUAGAUGUAGGAGACUUUCAUCAAGUUGCUUCAGUAAUAUCAAAUAGUAGUCAAAUAGCUACAAUACUUGAAUCAAUAAAAUCAUCUUCAUUAUGGAGUAAAUUUGAAAUUUUUAAUCUUCAAAUACUGAUUCAAGACUCUUAUGAUAUAGAAUAUUCAAAAUUAAUAGAUGAUAUAGGUGAUGAAGUAAAUAAAAUUAAUGAUAUAAUUCUACAACAAUUAAAAGGAAAUGAAACAAAUUUAUACAGUACAGAUGACCUAGCAAAUGAUAAAAUACAAGAAAAUAAUACAAAUCAACGAAACAUGCCAACUACUGAAUUAUUAAAUUCAUUCAAUGCACUCAAAAUACCUCAACACUGUCUUACAUUAAAAUGUAGUUGUGUAGCUACUAUAAUGCGUAAUCUUUCACUACAAGAUGGCCUAUGUAAAAACAGCAGAGUAAUUAUUAUAAAUAUUGGAUAUCAAUUAAUUACAGUAAAAAAUCCUAAAACAAAUUGCAUUGCAUAUUUGUCAUGA